GUUCACCCUCACACACUAAACUCUCUUCCUUUCUCCCCUUCUCCACCCACCACCCCCCAUCGCAUCGUUCAUGACUCUUUCUGCACCUCCUUUUUUCCCUCCUUCAUCUUUUUGUCUCCAGGUGCUGACUGAACAUCGCUAAUCUGUUUCACGUUCCUUUUGUUGCUUUCCCUCCCCUCUCGAUGAGUGCCCGCUUUAUUCUCCUUCGACGACCGUCCGAUUGGUCAUAGCUCGUCAGUCAACAACAAAAAGAGCCUUCAUACCGAACACUGAAACUCUCCAGGAAUUUUAGUCGAUUUCACCUCCAGUCAGACACAGGUAGUCUUCUGGUUGUCUAUAUCUGACAAGGCUCAACUAUGCGACCGCCACGUCUGAUCUUUCUUGUUUUCUGUUUCAUCUUCUUUCCGAUCUUCCUCACUCUCUUUUCUGUUCUUACAUCAUCGUCUCGUGUGACCACCCCCAGUUCGUUCGCUGGUCGAGCGACGGGACUCCAUGCUCUCUUUUCCUUCAACAUACCCUCGUCGCUGUUCCCACCAUCUGCUAUCAUCAGCUUGACCGAUGAUAACUCGACAUUCUUCCUGGCCCGGCCCGCAGCGUUUGGCCCGCUCCUUCCCGACAAGGGGCUCAGCGGCCAGCUAUGGAUCGGCAGCGGAUUCGGAGAUAGAACCACUGCCGGGGCGGAAGGCGAACUAGGGUGUUCAGAUAUUCCAGGGUGGGGUGAGGGCGAGGGUCACAGGCAGGAUAUACCAGCGGCGUCGGAUGUCAUGCUCGGGAAGCCUCUCCCCGGUGGUGGAGCUGACCCGGCGACCUCGAAUAUCCAUCCUACGGAUCCUAAACAGGAUAUUGACUCACAAGCCAGCCCAAGUGACGGUGUUGUGACACCAUCGACGAACGAUGGCACGGAUGAUCAUCUGCACCACCCACUUCCCGAAUCUAAGGUAGUGGAGUCGGGUGUCUCUGAGCAGCGCGGGGAUAGCCACCAGAACAGGCAAACUGAGCAUGCUGAUAUACAAUCUUUACAAGAGAGCGCUGAGAUCCACGGCAAGGUUGUUCUAUUGAGUCGCGGUGGCUGCGGCUUCUUGGAGAAGGUCAAAUGGGUUCAAAGGCGUGGAGGAAUCGCGUUGAUUGUUGGAGACGAUACUCGUGGAGGCAGCCUUAUCACCAUGUACGCGCGAGGUGACACGUCCAACGUGACAAUUCCCGCCUUAUUCACCUCAUAUACCACGGCGCAUUUGCUCUCGUCGCUUGUUCCUCCGCAGGCCGGGGGAGAUUCGAGCGUAGAUGAUGCUUCUGGGCCGCGCCACACAAAACUGUCCAGCCAGAGUACGCCUGGAAAUCAGCAGAUAGUGCCUACGACAACAUCCGCCGCGGUUGUGUCGCCAACUUCCACGCGAUAUGCCACAUCAUCUGGCAGGAAAUCCACCACGGCGACCCGCAAAGCAGGCUUCAUUCAGAGUCUCGGGUCUCUGUUGGGAAUAGGGAGGAAUGGCGGACGCCUGCCAGAGGAUAGCCAACGGCCUCCCAGCAGUGGAAACAUUGACUGGGUUCUAAAGGAUCCCUUGGAGGAUAUGGAGACGUCCGAGGAUGGCACCGAUCGUGGCCACAACCGGGCAAAAGCCGAUAGCGGUGCUGGCGACCGCAAGAAACCUGAUGUUGCUUCGCAAGCGGCCGACGGUGAUGGGUUUGUGAUUGGCGUCCAGGAUUGGCGCGACCCAGACCUUCUAGUUCCGAUCAGCAGUUCCAUCCCAUUGCCGAGCAGUGUCCCGGAGUCGGAGGCUAGCAAAACGCAGACUAUCGGAAAAGGCUCGCGCCCCACGGGUGCCUCGCUCAAGGGUGGCAGCAUAACCCCAGGAAGCGGCGAGUACCGUACUCUAGAUAAGUCAAAAACUAGCAAAGCAGAGUUGCACGGUUCCAACCACCAGAGCUUGACUAGCGACACUCACGAAUACCAUAAGCAAAACAAGGGAUGGUUUGCAAGACAUUUCUCUUGGAAGAAGGAUGGCGAGAAGGACUCGAGUCGGCCUGUUAGGCGAGAUCAUAUCGAAGAUCGAAAGUUGCAUGGUGCAUCUGGAUUCCAGGGCCUCCAAAACACUGGGCAGCUCGAGCACGAGGGUUUAUGGGUUACAUUGACACCGACAAGCAUGUCCACUAGCCCGUUCUUCGAUACCCUUCUGAUACUCGUCGUGAGCCCCCUGCUUACACUGACAGCGGUUUAUGCUCUUUUGUUGCUGCGAUCUCGCAUCCGUCGAAGACGUUGGCGAGCCCCUAAAUCUCUUGUUGACCGUCUUCCCGUGAGGACGUACCACACAAUCAGCAUGUCUUCGUCCUCCACAUCAAGCUCAUCCCGGUCCUCAAGCCCUGGUCCGGUCUCACCAACGUCGCCCUUGCUGGGCUCUAGAAACCGCUCAGGACACCGUCGCUCGCAGGAAGCGCGGGAGGCCACAGAAGGCCUGAAGAACCCCAAAACGAAGUCAUCUAAGAAAGAGCAGGCUGGCUCGUCAUCUGCGCUCUGGAGGCGCAAAUAUACUGGCCGGCAGGUGGAGUGUGUUGUCUGCCUAGAAGAAUAUGUGGACGGACAGAGCAGGGUAAUGAGCUUGCCCUGUGGGCAUGAGUUCCAUGCGGAGUGCAUGUAAGUGGCGGUCCAAGUAAAUGUCUUUUGGUCAGUAUCGCUAACAGUAAUAGUACCCCAUGGCUGACAACUCGUCGGCGAACCUGUCCCAUCUGCAAAGGGGAUGUCGUUCGCUCAAUGUCCCAGAAUAAGGCUGCUGAAACACGCGAAUCUGCGGAGUCGAUUGACCACACCUAUCCUCAUGAACUAGACUCACAUCCAAAUGCGUCGUCUGCCCCUGUCCCGAUUACGAACAACGUUGAAGAUGAAGCGUCUGACCUCGAACGUCGCGGUGGCUCAGAAGUUGGUCUGCUUGAGCGGCACUCAUCUUCGGCGCCCCCGCCCAACUGGAGAAACUUCGCCGCUCUUAGCUUCUCGGCCCUCAGCGGCGAUACUAUUUGGCACCAAGGUCGGACUGAUCGCGAGCGAUGAUAUUUUCACUUUUCCUUCUCAAAUACCCCUGGCAUAUAGUUACAGUAAAGCAUGAACAUGAACCUCGGUUCCUUCAGGAAGUCACCGCUUUGCGAUCGGAAAAUACUUCCCAUUGGCGAUCUUUUGGGCCGUCCACAUUGGACUGGGUUGGCGUUACGGAUACGGUGUGUAGGCGCAGUGCAGGACGAGGCAGAUCAUUAGCCAUACAAGGCGGCUGAAAACAGCCCGCAGCCAAUGAUUCCAUUUAUGUUUUCUGUCUUCUGGACAGUCACUACCUAGUUUUUUCUUUUCUUUCUUUCUUUUUUU